AUGGGUUCUGUCCAACACCCGAUCGUUAUGAUCAACUCAGCAUGUGCAAGAUCAGCCCAAAUCUGCAAACUCACACCGGUGCUCCUGGAUGAAAUCUGGGCUCAAGCAGCCUUAGAUCCAGAGUACCUCUCUUUGAAAAAAGCCAUUGAGAACACCUCUGGGAAUCUGGUGAACCGAUACCUGACUUUAAAGGACGGACACGUCUUCUAUAAGGAAAGGUGGUACAUUCCAAAUCAUCGGGAACUGAAGCUCAAGAUCCUGAGCGCCCUACAUGAUUCGAAGACUGCUGGUCACUUUGGACAAUUCAAAACGGCAGAACGCCUUCGGGCACUGUCCUUUGCCAAAAGAUGGACAAGGAUGUGGAAGAAUACGUUCAGAGUUGCGAUACAUGUCAACGCGCUAAAGCCUCAAACACACAAGAAGAAAGGGAUGUUGCAACCUUUAGAGGUCCUCUCUAUUCCUUGGAGUUCCAUUUCAAUGGACUUUAUCACCAAAGCAACCAUCGAAGAACUUGCUCAAAUCUUCCUCCGGGAGAUAUGGCGACUGCAUGGACUUCCUGAGGAGAUUAUCUCCGAUCAGGACUCUAGAUUCGAAACAUAUCGUCCUCAAACUGACGGGCAAACUGAGAGAGUCAACCUAACGCUAGAACAGUAUCUCAAAAAAACUAUUGCUUCUGUCAGCGGGACGAUUGGGCAGAGUUACUCCCGCUUGCCAAGUACGCCUACAACACGGCCACCCAAAGAGUCAACCAAAGCAUCGCCAUUCUACGCGAACUAUAGGUUUCAACCAGAUUCCACUUGGCCCUCACUUAAACGGAAACUAGACAACUUCGACGCGCGUCCAGCGCGGCACAAGCACAGCAGAAAAAAUGGUAUGUAUGAUCAGAAACAGAUGAGUGCUCCAGAACUGAAGGUUAGGGACGAGGUGAUGCUGGACCGAUGCAACAUCUUAACCAAGUGA